CACUGUCCUGAGAGAAACCGUCAAGCGCAGUUCUUAACAUGCUGAGGACGGUGAUGGUGUCAGCGCUCCUGAUGCUGGGAGGUCUUGGAGGGGCAGAAGCGUCGGACCUCCAGGUGUUUGGGAAAUCGAUCCGCAGCGAUAAAACUGUACUGAGCGGCGGCGACAACAGACACACUGUGAGGAAACAGCCACGGCAGCAGAUGAAAAGCGAAAUCCAUAGGAGUUUAGACCUCGAGAACUUCAACAUACACGUUACACCCCCGACCAACAAGUUCAGCCUCCCGACCAUUAUCAAGCUCUACCCGCCCACCGCCAAACCUCUCCACAUGCACGCCAACAUGCCCAUGCGCUUUGGGAGGGAGAGUGAUCCUGGUGACGAAAGGGCGCCGAACUCGACCCCCAACAUGCCUCAGAGGUUUGGAAGGUCCUGGGAGGUGAUUCGAAUGUGCGCAGAGUGCCCCGAAGUCCAAGAGGCGCCGAACCCGGUGCUGCCUCAAAGAUUUGGCAGAAGUAAUCCUUACUGGAGCCUUCUCAGGACUCUGGCCAGUGAGCAGUUACUGAAAACUGGGCUGCAUUGGGAUGAAAAUUUUGACUUUGCAACCAGCUCAGAAGAAGAACAAGAAGAAGAAGAUGAGAUGGAUGACAAAACCUUUAAAAAAUAAAGAUUCUAUUCAGGCCUGCAAUGAGGUCACAGUGCGAUGUAAAUAUCAACAUUAAGUGUUUUUUCACUGUAAAAGCAAAAUGUUAAAUAUUUAAAAAGUUAGAGCAUCUGAGCAUUUCAAUUAUUCAGUUGCUUUAAAUAAAAUUAUAGAAUUGUAAUGGAAGGUUAACGAAUAAAGGU